AUGUCACGGCCGCGGGAUGAGUCACGGUGCCGUGAUGCGGCCCCGGGCACGCAGGGCCCCCCCCGCGCCCGCCCCGGGGACAGCGGCGGCGACAGCGGCAGCGGCGGCAGCGGGGACUGCGGCGGGCGGGCCACCAUCACUCUCCCUAGGGACCCCCAUCUUCCCCCUGGGGACUCCCCGGCUUCGGGAAGAGACCUCAGACCCUGCUGGGGACGCCCCCCAGUCCUUCGGCCCCCCCUUGCUCCCCCCCCGGUUCUCCGGUGCCCCCGCGCUGCCUCAGCCGGCUCAGGACGGGGAGCGCCCACACCGGGGGGAUUGGGGAGGGGGUCUUCCCUCACCGCCCCCUUUCCCCCUUUUCCGCAGGCCGCCCCCCUUUUCCGCCUCCUUCUGCCGGGGGGCCCCGGCGGAGCCCCCCGCGCCCGGCCGGGCGGGACGGCGGCUCUGGGCGCGCUGCUGCGCUGCUUUCCCUGCGAGCGGCUGUGCGGGGGCUGCGCGGUGCCCCCCGGGGCUCUGCCCCCGGCCAUGCCGCCCCCGGCCCGCCGCCGCCUGCCCCCCGCCGCCCGCCUGCCGCCCCGCACCUUCCGCAGUUACCUGCCGCGCUCGCACCGCACCUACAGCUGCGUCCACUGCCGGGCGCACCUGGCCCGCCACGAGGAGCUCAUCUCCAAGUCCUUCCAGGGCAGCCAUGGCCGUGCCUACCUGUUCAACUCCGUGGUGAACGUGGGCUGCGGCCCGGCUGAGCAGCGCCUGCUGCUGACGGGGCUGCACUCGGUGGCCGAUAUCUUCUGCCAGAGCUGCAAGACCACCCUGGGCUGGAAAUAUGAACAGGCAUUCGAGAGCAGCCAGAAGUACAAGGAAGGCAAGUUCAUCAUCGAGAUGUCGCACAUGGUGAAGGAGAACGGCUGGGACUGAGGCGAGGGCACGGCUGGGACUGGGGGGGCUGGCGCUGGGUGCCCCCCGGUGUCCCCGGGGUCGCACCAGCG